UCGGGAGAGCGAGCUUUCGCGGAGGACCUCGCGUCUGUCGCGUGUGAUGAAAUAGUUGCCUACAAUGUUCUGUAUUUGAGUUUACAUCUGAACGUGAACAGCGAAAAUGCAUCUUCACUUCGAGAGAAACGUAAACGCGAAAUGCGACUGCACCAUCUUGUCGCUGUCCUGGAUGGGGAAGGUGCCCGACGAGCUGCCCGAGGAGGAGGGUUGGAAGUUGAACCGCAACAACUAUUACCAGGAAGGAUGGCUGGCUACGGGCAACGUGCGUGGGGUUGUCGGCGUUACUUUCACGUCGUCGCACGCGCGCCGCCCGCACGAGCUCCCAUUGCGUACCAAUUACAAUUUACGCGGCCACAGAUCCGAUGUGAUCCUGGUGAAAUGGAACGAACCGUACCAAAAGCUAGCGUCGUGCGACAGCAGCGGGGUGAUAUUCGUGUGGAUCAAGUAUGAGGGCCGCUGGAGUAUCGAGCUGAUCAACGACCGGAGCACGCCCGUCACGCACUUCUCAUGGUCACACGAUGGAAGGAUGGCACUGAUCUGUUACCAGGAUGGUUUCGUGCUAGUGGGGUCGGUGGCUGGGCAGCGGUAUUGGUCGUCAAUGUUGUCACUGGACGCGCGCAUCACGUGCGGCUGCUGGACGCCGGACGACAACCAGGUGUACCUCGGAACCGCGUCUGCACAACUCGUAGUCAUGGACGUGCACGGCGCUAUGGUGUCACAGGUACAACUGGUCGCUGAAGGCGGGAUCACAGCUAUGGCGUGGUCGUGCGAAAAAUUCAAGAUGGAGGAAGGCGAGGAGGGGGGCGAGAAUAACGGAGGGCACGUGCUGGCUGUAGCCCUCGGCAACGGGGAGAUAGUGCUGCUGCGGGGGCAUGAUGACGUCAGCCCGGUCCGGGUGCGCACCGGCCUGCGGGGAAAUACCCUCGCCAUGGAGUGGGCCAACUCCAGGGAGCUGUUGGCUGUCGCUGGAACCCUGCUAGCUGAACCGGGCGAGCCUCCCGACUCACCGCCGUACAAGAACGUCGUGAAGUUCUACUCGGACCUCGGAGCUCUUAUCUAUACCGUCCCUAUUCCUUAUACUCAGGCCCGCGUAUCAGCUCUGACAUGGGGACACGCGGCGCGGCGCCUGUUCGUGGGUGUGGGCGGCGCGGUGUGCACGGCGCGCGUGUGGCGCGUGGUGGCGCCGCUGCAGCUGCUGGCGCGCGUGCGGGCCGCGCAGGCGCUGCGGGACCCGCGCCUCGCGCCGCGACUGCCGCUGCCGCCGCGACUGCAGCCUGCGCUGGCUAACUUAUUCGCGCACACUAUCAGGUGCAACGUACCGGAAACUAAUGACCUGCGUCGUUUCGUGUCCCGGCCUCCGGCGACUGGCGCGCGGCUCCACUGCACCAUGCUGCGUCACGACGACGAGGAGGCAGGCGCCUACACACUGUACUUAGAACACCUUGGAGGACUUGUGCCGCUGCUAAAAGGGCGUAGGACCAGCAAGAUCAGACCAGAGUUCGUGAUCUUCGAUCCGCAGGCAGAAGGUAAGUCGAAUUUAUUCCUUUCAGGGUUGAGGUUUCAAUUCUUAUGUAAGAUUGUUCCAUCGUGUAGCAAAAAGUUGUCCUUCUUCCUGUAUUCGGAGCAGAAGGCGGGCGGCGUGGUCCGCGCCAGCAGCAGCAGCAGCAGCGGCGGCGGCAGCGCGGGCAGCUCGUCAGGCAGCGCGGGCGCGGGCUCGCCGCGCACGCCGCGCGUCGCCAGGCACGCGCACGCGCCGCUCGACAAGAGCUCCACCUCCGACAGCGAGCGCGAGGAGGGUUGCUCUGGAUCGCCAAGACUGCAGAGACGAAGGCGAGCGCGUGAAAGACGAAAGGUACGCAACUCCAAUGACAAGGACCAGCCGCCAGAUGAACUGGCUUACAUCGACUCACUGCCAGAGGAUGUUCGUUUAGUAGAAGUCACAUCUAAUAUAUGGGGAACUAAGUUUAAAAUGCACGGUUUAGCCAAAAACGUACCAGCCAACCUCGGGCAGGUGACGUACAAAACAUCGUUGUUACAUCUGCAACCGCGGCAGAUGACGCUCAUGAUCACAGAGCUGAGGGACGAUUACCCCGUCGGCCCAGAUCCCACCUUCAAUCCGAACAUUUUCUCAGAAGACGAAGAGGAAGUGUUCCAGUCUAACGAUUCCAACGAUUCUCCGUCUCAUACUAAUAAUAAUAUCAGAAGAAAAUUAACCCUCAGUGAAAGAAUUAAUAACACUAACAACAUGAAUCAGAACGAUGGUUACCCAUCCAAUAACAACAAUCCUAACGGUCCGUCACUCGCCAGAGCGGAGUCUUACGAGGAGUUCCCUUACAUCGACACUAAUGAGACUAUCAGUAACGUGGCCGACAGCGUGUACUCGACGCCGGUGCGGCACCCCGCGCCGCCCGCCGAGCGCAGGGUCAACAGCACGGCCGGCGUGCCCAACCGACACGCUAUAUCACCGCUCAGGUGCGAAGGCUCAGUCCCCACCUUACAAUCACCAAAAAAUGCAGUCGCUCCUACUGACAUCAUUUUCGAAAGACCCUCUCCACAAACUGUGACAUGCGGAGGCCGUGGAGACUUCUGUGGCGGCAGGACUGACUAUAGCGUUCGCGGAGACAAUGUUUCGCUGAAGGGCAACUUGUCUAAUCUAGAACAACAAUCUUUCAGCCUCAAUUUGAGCCUCGAACCAAGCAGACAAGUAACUAUUAAAAAGUGUGAUAAUCACGUGACUGAUAAUUGCUUAUCGAAGCUGCGAAAAAACAUUUGUAGCAGAGGAGAAUCUGCAUCAUACGAUAUGAAUACAAGGAUCUUAAAGUCGCUGUGCAAUAAAAAUUAUGAACACGAAGUGCAUCCAGACGCUCUGACCAAGCGCGGAGAUACUCUUAAACAUUUACAAAAGGGUGAAGACUUAAAGUUCAUUGAUGAAGAGACUCCAGUUGAUACUACUAUAAAUAAUUUGACCGACAAGGUUCGAGAAAUUAAGGUCCAGAGAACUACAACCGUAGUGCCAAUAAGUCCCGUAUGUGCUACUAUUCCAGUCUACGAUACUAUGACGCGCAGUUGCAGUGUAGGGUAUCUGGAUCUAGUAGAUCCACAAGUGCUGCACGCUCAGGUGAGUCUCACUGCGUUACGCGGGGAACCCCCUCGACGAUUAAUUCUGGUAAACAACAAGCGCCAAAGGAAGCAGCGAAGACAUGUGCGCACUGCUGAUGCUAAACAAAACGAAAGCACAAAAACUCCAAGUUUAAGGAGGUGUGGAAAGUCGAGGAGUCUUGACUCGAGUGAAAUGUCUCUGACGGUCGAUAAGAGCAAGCGUCAGUCGAGGGUCGACGCAGUGUCGGCCAAGCCGGACGUGACUUCAGCGCAGUCCAGCAGCCGCUGCACCAGCACGGGCGGCGAGGACACGGGCGCCACCAGCGCGGAGGAGGGAGCGCGCGCGCGCCGGGACUACCCCGUGUGCACCACCUGCCGCCUCGUGUCGCCCUACGACACGCGCGACGUGGACGCGCGCACCUACGUGUGCUGCGCAUGCGCCCCCCGCGCCGCGCCCCCAGCGCCCGCCCCGCGUCCUCCGCUCGCCACCGACAGCGACUCCGACUACAGCAAGUAUUACAGUUCGCUGGAGCAGCUGGCGCUGCGGCUGCUGGCGUCGCGCAGCUCAAAGCGCGCGCGCGAGGCGGCGGCGCGCGAGGUGAGCUCUGCGCCGGCGUCCCCGCGGCCGCGGCCGGCGCGCUCGCACCCCGCCAGCCCCGCGCCCGCCUCGCCCGCGCCGCGCGCCUCGCCGCGCCGACACCGAUACUCCUCCGCCUCGCCGAUCAGGCAACUUUUGAACUCUCCGCUGCUUAACCGCAGAAGAAACAAAAAGCCGUCCGAAAGUUCUGACGAUGAGUACUCUACUGGUGGUGGCUACAGUGAGGUGAAUGGAAGGAACUACCGGGAUUUAGAAAGUUUCCAAAAGGCGCAGCUUAGGAAUAAGUUAAAACGGGCUGGUGGCACUCUUAGCUCCGCCGCUGGAUCUAACAGCGAGGGUCGCAAUAGCAAUGCACACGCCCGCCGACAGCUGAUCAUGCACAACAAGGCCCCCAUGUGGAAUGAAAACAGCCAGGUCUACCAACUUGACUUCGGCGGCCGGGUCACUCAAGAGUCAGCUAAGAAUUUUCAAAUUGAAUACCAUGGCAAACAGGUAAUGCAGUUUGGACGAAUUGAUGGGAACGCCUACACGUUGGACUUUCAAUACCCGUUUUCCGCUCUGCAGGCCUUUGCAGUUGCACUUGCCAACGUCACUCAGCGUCUGAAGUAAACAACUUAAAAACCGUUUCUCUAGGGAAGAAACCACCUUUAGCUAUAACUUGCUCUAGAUCAGCACGGUAACAUUCAUUAUGAGUCAGACAACACAUCAAAUCGAAGACGCGGGGUAUUUUAUCUAUAGCGACUAGCGUCCACGAUAGGCGCUAUAAAAAUCGGUGUAGUUUUAAAACACCGUUUAGAUAUUGAUCAGCGAAUUCGCCCAUCCAUAAAUAUUUUUACACAAGCGUAGAUAGGAUACUUAGCUUUGUAAAAUUUCAAAUUCAGUCUCAAUGCCGUCAAAAAAAAAAACAAUAAUCGGACUCAUUGGGACCAUAACGGACAAAAUGAGCGUGUCUUAUUUUAUAUUCCACAUAUUCACGUAUCUGAAGUAAGACUAUAUUUUAGGAACAAACAAGAAAUAUUUUCACAAUAGACGAAGUACACGUGAACCUUUGAGAUGACUACUGUAUUGGCCUAUAGCUCAUAGAAGACACACACAGGCACAUAUUUUUUUUUACUUUUAUCACAAUAGCGAUUAAUAUGUAAAGCCACUAGUUUAUUUACUUUCAACAUGAUCGUGUUGAACUAUUAUGCAAGAAUUCUUUACAUGUUUGAAUAUUUUAUGAAAAGUUACCCUUUACUGAUGCACUUCGGGUUUUGAUUUGAAGGACUGAUCUUGCAUUAUUUACCAAACAUAGGCCUAGAUCAAGUGUAUAAUAAUAUCAUGAAAUAAAUAUCUACACAAUACCAGUCCAACAAUUACAAUCGAAAUAGUUAAUAGGAAUUAGAGAAAUGAACGUGCAUUCAAGCACAUUGUAUUGUGUGUUACUAUAAAUAAAAUUGUUGUCAUUGUAUUACUAUUACAAUUACCUUAUUGUUCUGAGUGUUUUAAUAUUAUUUAUGAAUGGAAAUAAAAGUAUUAUUGAUUUACUAUGUGGAGGAAGAAACUCAUUUAUGAAAGUGUAGUCCGUGUAAACUUAAAUGUAUAAGUGCAUACGGCGGUGUUAGUUUAAUAAGAUAAUGAUGUUAAUUGCACUUAUUUUUACUUUGAUCAAAACUUACAUAUCUAUGGUUAAUUAUUACUAGAUUGUUAGAAGUGUUGUUGUCCUUAAGUUUUCACCGAUUCAUUUAAAGACUGUAGCACAUCGUUGAUAUAUUUUGAUAACUAUUUUAUUGAUUAUUGUGUCGUCUAAUUUAGAGAAUCUUAAUGUUAAGUACGUUAAAUAAGCCAAGUUAGAUUUGUUUUUGUUGCUCAAGCAUUUCUUUAGGUAUGUAAACGUUGUGACUGAACCGACAAGCAUUACGGAUAGCGCACAUUCGGUACUGUUUAAAUUAUUUACCACCAUGUACUCAUUUACGUUUUAGUAAUUAAAUACUUCACGAAGGUAUUUGUGCCGAACAAAUACGCUUAAUACCAAUGAACUUCGAAGCUUUGCCAGUCCUCUAUUAAGCCGAAUUGUUAAGGUCGAUAUCCGCAAUGUUUUGUGCUGUUAAUAAUAACGAACUGAUUACCACGAUUAAUAUAUGACGUUUUUGUUAUUAAAAAUAGUAACAUAGGUAUUUGUUGGCAAUGCAGCACGAUACACUGAUAUUGUCUCGCGCUUUUUUAUUACGCUACCUUGAUUGUUACCUAUCGCUUUUCUUUGAUAUUUCACUUGUCCGAAUGUACAUACCUACUUUAGUGACAAAGUGUAAAUAAAAUAUUCUCCAAG